AUGCGGUUAGAAGGCGCCAACUGGGCGCUGGUGGUGUGUCUUAGUUUAAUCCUGGGAUUCGGACAGGUCCAAGCCUACUCUCAGGUUUUGGUCAGCGGCACUGGUGCAGCAAACGAUCAGGGACCACGCAUUUUCAAGGCUCUUAAUACGGAUUUGAUAUUUCCGAGGACCUUCAACUCCAGUGACAAUGUGGUAUCCACCACUGGAGCUCCAGCGAUUACAUCCACAACGACGACAACUCCACCACCCAUUCCCUACAACCAUCAACCCGAGGGUACCACAAGCUCCCCGGUAUUCGUCACUCCUUUAGUUGUCACGGAUGCUGAGAAAGUCGUUGAUCCUGCUCCUUAUCCUGAACCUGCUCCUGUAUCCGAGGAGCAACCAGAGCCAGUCAUAGAAGGAGCCUCCACAGGACGUGCCGUGGACUACAAGACAGCGUAUCCCUUUGGCCAGCUGAUAACUCCGUUGCUGCGGGGCGGCAAGCCACAGCAGUAUAACUCCCGACCCUCGAAAACACGUAUUUAUCCGCAAGGUAUACCAUCCUACUACUCUUCAUCGACACGAAAUCCAUACCGCUUUCAAACUUCAAGGCCCAGCUAUAGGAAAGGAUUCAGUGACCGCUUUGCUCCUGGUGAGGGGACCGCUGCAGGCCUGUUCAAGGGUCACAACCACGAUCACAGCCACGACCACAGCCACGACCACAGUCACGAUCAUAGUCACGAUCAUUCCCAUGGACAGGAUGGCAAGGUGGCCGCCGGCUCCAAUUCGGUUAACUCCUAUGUUUCACCAGGCGAUGCGUACUCCUUUCCACCGUUGAACACAAAGUAUCCAUCACCGUCACAGGAUCCCAAGGCUGCAUUGCCCUCGGAUACCGUGACAAGUUACUUGCCACCCGCAUCUGGAGGACUGAGCAAUGCUGGAUAUUCAUAUCCUGGACCUUCCUUCAGUGGUUACAAGUAUCCCGGUCCAGUUCCCAAUAGCAAUGGCGACAAGGAUGCGGCGGCCAGUAUGGCGAGUGCUUCUCCAGCGGCUGAUGAUGACCCCGGUAAUGAUGAUACAAUCGGAACCCUGCCAGCUAGUGCCCAGGACAACCUUCCUUCCAAGGAUCAGGACGGCAUGGGUGCAGGCGGGGCUGCUCCUGCAGAUGCCAUGGAUAUGGGAUCUCCAGCUGAUGGUGGAGAUAGCGGUGGCGGUGGUGGUGGCGGCGGAGAUGGGGACACAGGCGGUCUGCCAUCGUUGCACAAUGAUGGUUCAGGUCCCGACGACGAUCACAAAUACGAUCCUAAUAUGGAGUAUGCCACACCACCGCCCGGUUGGUUACAAUCUCACCCAGAAUCUGCGGCUCCCAAGCCGGAUGAUCACGAUCACGACCAUGCGCCCGAUCAUGAUCACGUGCACGAUCACCACCACGAUCAUUAUCCGACUCACUUUGACUACCAGCCCUCGUACCCAGAUGAUUCAUAUCCGGAUGUUAUUUACGAUGAUCAUCCGCACCACCACCACCAUGUCCACCACCCACCGCCUCCUCCUCCUCCUCCACCGCCACCACCACCACCUCCGCCGCCACCGCCGACGGAACCACCACCACCUCCGCCGCCACCAGAGCCACGUGUGAAGAAGUACAGCUACUUCUACAUUGGCCGGAAGCUCUGGUACAUCCCGCUUUACUUCACCGUGUGGUUCAGUUUCUACAUUCUGUGGCUGAUCAUCAAGUCUAUCGGUCGCCACAAGGUGAACCUGCCCAAUCACUACGUCUCGCGGCGCAGUGCUCCCGAUCCAUUCACGGAGCAAGGACGGGACGAAUAUAUCAACGAGAUGACGGUUAAGGUGCUGGAACACAUAGAUAGCUUUAAGCAGAAAUACUUGAACUGA